AUGAACACGAGCGUUCUGUUAUUCGAACUCGACACCGUCGAUGACUUCCGCCUUGCUGCUAUCGAUGUCAUAGCGUUCAUUAACCGCCCUGCCUUCUUGGACGAGAGAGCCAUGAGCCGCUUCUAUCGUACUGGAGACCUUGUGCGCUACGAGGUCUCCAGCAGCAUCAGAUUUGACGGCCUAAAUACGAGUCCAACGCCUGGAGCUUUCAGAAGUGAUUAUUGCGCCUCUGACAUCCUCAACCUUAGCAUAGACGUCGCCGCUGAGGUUUUCACCUCUGCCCAGAAGGACCCGCUGGUCGCGUUUGUUGAAGGCUCCAAACCGUCGGCAAAAUCAGAACUGCAAUCACGACUUCCCACUAGACUUCAAGAAUACAUGGCCCCUUCCCACAUAUGCCUCCUCCAACAACUACCACGCUUCACCGCAUUGAAAAAGUUGAACAGGAACGAACUACGCGUGCUCGGCGCCGCCCUGGCGCUCAACGCUGCCAUUUAUCUGCCUGCCAAAGAGCAGGCUCACGGGCACACGGAGGUGCUGCUGCAACGCCUGUGGAGUGAAGCUUUCGGCAUUACGCCGCUGCAGAUUGGUGCACACGACGAAUUCUUUUGUCUUGGUGGGGAUUCGUUGAAAGCCAUGAAGCUGGCUGGCGCAGCUCGCAGGCGAGGCUACACGCCCAGCGUCGAGAUCAUCAUGAACAAGCCGACAUUCCUUCUCGCCGUCAAUCACGGCGGCACGCUGGCCAGCUUCCGUAGCCAGCUGGUCAAGGAGACGGGCAUUGUGGCUGACCUCAUCGGGGAUGCGUACCCCUACACUUCCUUGCAGGAACGUCUCUUAACGGCAUCUCUAAGGCAACCUUGUGCCUACAUUUCCCAUUGGAUCGUCGAAAUCGGUCUGCAAGAUGAUUGUGAGCGCCUAAAACAAGCUUGA